GGUUAAGAUUUUGUUGUCACGGCGGACGCUAUGUUGGGGACAUAACUUCAAAAUUGUAUCCAGAUCAAAGUACUUAGCUAUUAUGCACUGAUAUUUGACAAUAAUUCAAUGUUUAAAUUGAUCUUUAUGAAACACUAAAGCUAUUAAAGUAAGUUUAAAUGAAACAACUGAUGGAUUGUCUUUGUAAUUUGUAUGAUGAAUAUUGAUUACUCAAUGAAUAAUUCAUUGAGAGUAUGCACAUAAUUUAUUGUUCAUAAUAUUGAAUUAAUAUGAAUAAAAAAGUUCUCUAUGUAACAUUAUCACUAACCCUACUGGAUGGUGCUGAUUUCACUAAAUACAAUCCUAAUAUCUGUGCUAAAUGAGAUUCUUAAAAAUACUCCCUCCAAGUGCAUUUGUUGGGUAAUAUUCAACGUAAUAUUUAAUAUUUUCUUUUUUUUUUUGGAAAUAUUCUCAAUUUAAGUACUAUACUAUAUAUAAUAUUACGAGUGGCUUAAAUGGUGUUAUAAAUCUAUUGUAUAAAAAUGGGUGGGAUAUUAGUAUUAGAAUAUCAAUAUAAAUAUAGUUUUGGAUAGUGACAAAAAUAUGCAGUUGUGAACCUGGGGGGAGCACUAAUUGGAAUUCUUAUAAAUUAUGUUACUUGAGUACAUUUCUUUUCAAGUAACUUUUUAGAUGGGAAUUCAACACAUUUUCGCUGACAUUGUUUGGUGGGCUAUAACUAUUGGUGUAUUAAUCUGCAUUGCAAAAUGGGUGGGACAUUAGAAUAUUAAUAUAGUUCUGUGGUGGUGUAGCACUAAAUGAUAAAUGGGAAGCUUAUAAAGUGCGCUACUUAAAUGAAUGUUUAGUCGAGUAACUUAGUUUGAUGCAUUGUGGUCGUCAUUUUGGCAGGCUUUAGCUAGUAAUGAAUAAUUAGCAAAACUGUAAUGAUUCAUGCAAUGUGGCUAAACUAUGCGAUUUGAAUGAUGAUUGAUACUUUUAUUGCUAAUAAUAAUAGUAGUAAAGUUGGAUAUGGAUAGCCUAUCUGUUAAAUUUCGGUUUUGCUUCAGAAUUUCAAAAUUUUGAUCACAAAAGUUGUAUGAAUUAUUCUGAAUCAUGAUAUUGAUAUUGAUUGUCAUGCUACUAAGAAUCAAGCAUAAGCAAAUAUUUAUUAAAAAUAACUUAUUAUUCAUAACCUUUUUGUUAAUGGCAUGCUGCUGAAGUUUAAAUAGUAACAUGAUACUAAUAGUAAUAGAGUGUAGCUUCAACAGCACCACAUAAAAUUUUUAUUUAAAUGAAUUGAAAACUGCAUUUUAUGUUACAGAAAUAUUUUUUGAAGAUGUCACAAGAAAAACUGUCUGAAUGGCUACCAAAAAAGGGUCUUCUAUAUCAAGAGGACAUACCAACUGUUGCACUUUGUAAACCAAAACUUCUCCCUCUCAAAUCAGUUACUUUAGAGAAGAUGGAAAAGAUGUUAAAGGAUGCCCAAGAACAGAUAAAGGAACAAGAAAAACAAGAAAGACUUACCGAUGAACUUGGAUAAAUAUUUUGACAACAAAAUAAAUAAAAAUACAUUUUAAAAACAAAAUGCCAUUCUAAUAAUUUUUUUGUUAUUGUGUUUUGGAG